UAUUCAUUCUUUUCCUGCUGAUUGCUUGCUGCAACUCUUGUACAGCUUCUGUAACAAUUUACAAAGGCUGUUCACGAGAGAAACUCGGCAAACAGAUUCGUCCCUGGGCUCAUAAAAAAUAUGCUUUUGUUUCGGUCGUGUGCUAUGAAGCUACUACUUUACCAUAUUUGUCUACUUGUCUUUCAGAUGCACACUCGAGCUCAAGAACCUUUCCUUCUCCACUGCUUCGACUCGGGUAAUUAUACAUCCGGCAGCCAAUUCGAGAAGAAUCUGGUGAAUAUACUUCUCCCUUCCCUCGUCUCCAAUGGCUCCCGCAAUGGUUUCUUCAACACCAGCUAUGGAGGCAACCCUGCUGACACCGUCUAUGGACUUGCUCAGUGCAGAGGAGAUAUCGCCAUGGAUGAGUGCCAGAGUUGGUUGAACACCUCCAGCAAACAAAUCGUCCAGAGAUGCCCCAAAAGGAAGGGCGCGUACAUCCGUUUCGACAAAUGCAUCUUACGCUAUUCUAAUCUCAAUUUCUUUUCCCAGGAAGAACCUAAUAUUUGGGACGCUAGUUACCAUACGCAAAGGGCAUCAAAUACGGAUGUUUUUAAUAGAAAAUUAGAUGAACUGUUGGCCAAUCUUUCAUCUACAGCGCCAUCUAGGGCAUCCAAGUUCUCUGCCGGGAAGAUCGAGACCAACCUGCCUCUUCAAAAUACUAUAUAUGGUUUUGUGGAUUGUACUCGGGAUUUGACGGAGCUUGGCUGCUCUUCUUGCCUCCAGCAUCUUAUUAACAGGAUUCAUCAGUGUUGUAAUGGCCAACAAGGAGUCUAUAUAAAUUCUGUGAGUUGUACCGUGAGAUUUGAGAUUUAUCCAUUCCUUGUUGAUCAUGUAGCAGCUCCCCCAACUAAAGACACCGGUAAUACGAUGGGAGGUGAAUCAGAAAAAGGUAAACGGAUAUCAGUUGGAACUAUUCUUGCCACUGCUGUUUCAAUUGCCAUUGGAGUGUUGCUAUUAUCAACACUCAGCUGGUGUUGGGUGACUAGGAAGAAAGAGAAAAUGAUAGGUGAUGCGAAUGAUAUCAUAAACGUGGAGUCGUUGCAAUUUGAUCUGAGUACAGUCAUAGCAGCUACAAACAACUUCUCUCACGACAAUAAAAUUGGUCAAGGUGGAUUUGGUUGGGUUUACAAGGGUAAACUUUCUAAUGGACAAGAAAUUGCUGUGAAAAGGCUCUCUAAAAGCUCAGGACAAGGAGCAGAAGAAUUUAAGAAUGAAGUUGUAUUGGUUGCCAAGCUUCAACACAGGAAUCUUGUUAGGUUAUUGGGAUUUUGUUUAGAAGGAGAAGAAAAGAUACUUAUUUAUGAAUUUGUCCCCAACAAAAGCCUCGACUACUUUCUAUUUGAUUCAGAUAAACGUGCAUGUUUGGAUUGGCCAACACGUUACAAGAUUAUAGGAGGCAUUGCUCGAGGCCUUCUUUAUCUCCAUGAAGAUUCUCGAUUCAAGAUUAUUCAUCGUGAUCUUAAAGCUAGCAAUGUCUUGUUAGAUGGUGAUAUGAACCCCAAAAUAUCUGAUUUUGGGAUGGCAAGAAUUUUUGGCAUGGAUCAAUCUCAAGCCAAUACAAAUAGAGUUGUUGGAACAUUUGGUUAUAUGCCUCCGGAAUAUGUGAGGCAAGGACUGUUCUCCGUCAAAUCUGAUAUCUAUAGCUUUGGUGUUUUGCUUUUAGAGAUUAUAACUGGCAAGAAGAACUCUUUCUAUCAUUCAGAGUAUGCAGAGUAUCUUCUAAGCUUUGCCUGGAGGAAUUGGAAUGAAGGAACAGCUUCGGAACUGCUGGAUCCAAUUUUAAGGGAGUUCUACUCAAGAGAAGAAGUGAUGAGAUGCAUUCAUAUUGGGUUAUUGUGUGUUCAGGAUAAUGUAGAUCAGAGACCUACUAUGGCAACGAUAGCACGCACUCUGAAUAUUCAUUCCGUCGCUCUUGAAUUGCCUCAGCGACCAGCAUUUUUGGGAUACGAAAGAAUGGAAACAACUCAAUCUACAAGUAGAUCAAUACCAGAGUCUAUGAAUGAUGUCACAAAUACAGAAUUAGCUCCCAGGUAGUGAGGCCUGCGAAGAGCUUCCAGUGAUCUGGUCAGCCCACGGAGCUGGCUUUUUGAAGGUAAAUCUAGAUGGUUGUUUCUUGAAUGAUAGUUCCUUUGGAGCUGUGGUGAGAGACGAAGCUGAAGAAUGCUGUCGGGGUAUCAAGAGAGGGCCCUGUGGAGCCUCAUCUGCUUUAGUAGUGGCUGAAGCAAAGACCUUGAAAGAAGCUGUACUUUUUGCUGCCUCUUUAAACCUGAUGAAAAUGUGCUGUUUGAAUCGGAUCGGAAGAGUUAAUAAACAGUAUUUCAAAGAUAUUCUGAUCGCAAGAGUUAAUAAACAUCAAGAGUUAAACUUGAUGAAAAUGUGAUGUCUCUUUAAACUUGCUAUAAAGACAUUUGGUUUAUU